AUGCAGCUUAUAAGUAUCGUGACUGAAGUUUCGCUCUCCCGCCAAGGAUUGGGUGACACUCAAAAUUCCGGUCAGCCGGGCCGAGAAAAUGCUGGAUAUGAAACAUCACAUCUGGAAGCACAUUUCAAGCGGGGAGUAUCUUGUCCGGGCCACGAGCUACUCCCCGCCAAUCUCCAUGACCAUAUCGAUGUCAUUCAGCCAACGACCAUGUUCGGAAGGUUCAAGCAACACAAGUCCAUGGUCAGCUUUCCCGACCCAGACAUCGAAAUCAUAGAGUUUACCCCGGAUAUGAAGCCAGUGGUUGAUGCAGUAACUAAUGUUUCUGUGGACGCCAGUUGCAAUCGUACGGUCACCAUUACAUGCCUUCAACAACUUUAUAAUGCAGUCGGAUACACCCCAUUGGCCAACGCCUCGAAUUCCAUCGCAAUUACUGGUUAUCUUGAACAAUUUGCAAACAAUCAAGAUCUUCAAUCCUUCUAUGCCGACCAAAGACCCGAUGCCUUAAAUUCCAGAUUUACAUUCCUUUCAGUUGCUGGUGGCGAAAACAAUCAGACUCUCUCCGAGGCAGGAGCUGAGGCAAAUCUCGAUGUCCAAUUUGCCUUCGGGCUUUCCCAUCCAAUCGAGCCUACGUUCUUCUCCACCGCUGGAAGACCGCCAUUUAUUCCAGACACUGGAACUCCUACUGAUACCAAUGAGCCCUAUACCGAAUGGCUUGACUUCGUCCUCUCACACCCCGAUCCUCCCAAGGCCAUCUCAACCAGUUACGGAGAUGACGAGCAAACAGUCCCGAAGAGCUUUGCGAUACGAGCGUGCAGGGGUUUCGCUCAACUUGGCGUUCGAGGAGUUUCCUUGAUGUUCUCUUCCGGAGAUGGAGGAGUCGGAGAUGGCGACCCUAAUCCUGCAACGCAGGAAUGUCUCACGAACGAUGGGACGAAUACCACAAAAUUCAUCCCAGGUUUCCCAGCUUCUUGCCCUUUCGUGACCGCCGUUGGAGGUACGACCGGCAUUGCGCCUGAAAUAGCCGUCGACCGCUUCUUCUCUGGUGGAGGGUUCAGUAAUUAUUUCUCCCGACCAAAAUAUCAAGACAAAGCAGUGACAGCCUUCUUGGAAACUCUCCCUAAUGGCACCUACACAGGGCUCUUCAAUCCGGCCGGGAGGGGAAUACCUGAUGUCGCAGCACAGGGCGAUUUCUUCAAGAUUUUCCUGUCUGGCCGCGCUGUUCUUAUUGGCGGGACGUCUGCAUCGUCGCCUACCUUCACAGGCUUCGUAGCUCUCCUGAAUGACGCGCGCCUGAGAGCCGGACUGCCAUCCCUUGGUUUUCUUAACCCGUUCAUGUAUUCGAGAGGAUUCCGGGGCCUGAAGGACAUCACCAUCGGUAGCAACCCAGGCUGCGGAACUCCAGGCUUUAACGCGACAGUAGGAUGGGAUCCAGGUAUGAAUGGUCUUUCCAUCAGUAUGCGCCAGCUGAUCGCCUCUGUCGAAGUCACUGGCUUCGGCACUCCGAACUUUAGGAAGCUGAAGAAGCUCGUUACUUGA